AUGGCAAUUAUUUCUUUCCACCAUGCCAGAAUGCUAGUCAUUUUUUUCAUGCUACAACUUUCAAGCUCUUCUAAUGCAACUACCUCAAAAUUAGUAGGAUUUUCUACCCGUCUCAUUCAUCGGGAUUCAAUUGAAUCGCCAUUUUAUCUGGAAAAUCUCAACGAUACAACUCGUAUGGCCGAUGUACUACGUGGCUCUGAGUCCCGCUUGUCUCAUUUCAAUCAUAUCUUAGAACUUUCCAAUAACAAAGCAAAGAAAAAUAAUGGUACAUAUGUGAGAAUUAUGCCGACUUAUUCGACGUACCUCAUGGAGAUUUCCAUUGGAACACCACCAAUCAAGCAGUUCGUGGUCCUGGACACCGCAUCCGAUGUCACAUGGACCCAGUGCCUCCCAUGUGUGAAUUGUCACGAGCAAGAGCAAAUCAUGUUUAAUUCCAAAAAGUCAUCUUCUUAUAAGGUAUUAUCAUGUGGCUCGGAUCAAUGUAAGGAUUUGGGGGAAGAUCGUGUUUGUAAUGAUCUCCGAGAAUCAGAAUGUAGAUAUAAUAUAUCAUCCUAUGUUGGCAAGGCAAGCAGUUCGGGAGAACUAGCCUUGGAGACAUACAAAUUGGGCAGCACUUCGUUCCCGAAUAUGGUUUAUGGGUGUGGGAAUUACAAAAAUAGCAUGAGUAUUGAAAAAGCUUCCUCCGGUGUCUUUGGACUUGGAAGUGGGCCUCUCUCGUUCAUUGGUCAGCUUCGCGAAUCUUUGGGUAGAAAGUUCUCAUACUGCCUAGUAUCUCAUUCAAAACGAAAUUUAAGAAGAAAGUUCACCUUAAGAAAUUUAGGAAGCAAGCUCAACUUCGGCACUAGUGCCAUCGUGUCUGGGCGCGGAGUGGUGUCCACUCCCUUGGUCACCAAGCCUUCCUCACCAUUAUAUUAUCUCACAUUGGAAGCAAUCAGCGUCAACAAUAAGAGAAUUCCAUUCACAAGAUUAAACAGAUCCAUGGAAGAAGGGGGAGUUGAUAUUAUUGAGGAGGGUAACAUCAUAAUAGACUCAGGCACGCCGAUAACUUAUUUACCGACCAAUAUUUACGAAACUCUGAAGGAUGAACUUAAAAGGUCGAUUCAUGCCGACUCAAUUCAAGUGCCAGAAAAUCCUGGGUUGCUUUGCUAUGUAAACAACAACAAAAUCAGUAUUCCCUUUGUCACCUUCCAUUUUCAUGGUGGUGCUAACUUAACUUUACCAAGUACGAGCACUUUCAGUUCAACAAAUGGUUAUUUGUUUUUGACAAUGUCACCCUCUAAUAAGGCGGCCAUAUUUGGAAACUUUUUGCAAAUGAACUUCUUAAUCGGCUAUGAUAUUGAUAUUGGGAAAGUCUUUUUCAAACCAACUCAUUGUUUGAGUUGGUGGAGGAGAUCAGAGGGUUCAGAUCAGGAGUGGAGCAUGGACCCAUAA